CGUUAUCUAGGGGGUGUCAUCUAUUUUUAUCUAGACGGACAGGUUUUUAAAAAUUGUCAAAAUUGACAAUCUUACGUUGUGGUUCAAGGUGCAAGUGGCAUUGGCUUAUUUUUAAAUAGGUCCAUUAAAUUUGUUAACAACAAAAAAGAAAACAGAAAAUAAAAAUAAAAAUAAAUACCCUGCUGCUUUCAUUAUCAUGCAAAUUUUUCAAUUUUUGACAUUUACCACACUUUGUUUUUUUACAAAAAUUAUAUCUUCUUCUCGUUCUUUCGAAUUAUUGCUCUAAAGUGCAAACAGGACAACCACAUACAAAUUAAAAUCGUGAAAUUUUAUAAAAUUUAAACCAAAGUAAACAACUACAAAAAUACACAAAUUUUACAAAAAUAAAAAACUUUCACCAAAAGUUUAUAUUUAAAUCGUCAAACUGAAGCAACUCUCGGAAGCAACGGUGCUGUUGAAAAUCGAAAAAAUGGACAGCAUCGUGGAGGAAAACGGAAACAAUUCAAAUAACAUAGAAACCCUAUCAGAUGUGAGUAUAUCGCAAGCAUCAUCUAACACACCUAAUUCCACAACGACGACAACCGUUCUAACGACCGGAUCGAACGUUGUUCAAUUUAUGCCAACACACAAUAUCCAGCCCCAAUCUGUAAUACAGGCAAACCAGUCAUCGGUAAUACAAACAGCGGCUGCAAACAUUCAACCAGUGACUAUGUCCAAAGGCGGUGUCCUCUAUGUAGGUAAACCGAAUACGGUGAUUCACACAGCCUCGGGUAAUACAGUUCAGAUUAAACAUGAACCGAACACACAAAUCAUGGAUUCAAAUAGCGAGGAGAGUCUUACUGAUGACGACUCACCCCGAAGACAAAGAGAAUUCACAAGGAGACCUUCAUACCACAAAAUCUUAAAUGAUAUCAGUGGUCCAGACAUUGCAGCUGGAACGACUUUGCAAAUACAAGAAAGCGGCGGAAUACCCACAAUCGCAUCGACUGGCGGUACGACCGGUACACUAAUCCAAUUGACCCAGGAAACAGCACCAGCAUUUUAUUUACCUAGUAGGAUCAAUAAAAUCAACACCAAUAACUCAGUCCUAGCGGAAGAUCAAACCCGAAAACGAGAGAUCCGGUUGCAAAAGAACCGCGAAGCAGCUCGAGAAUGUCGGCGUAAAAAGAAGGAGUACAUCAAGUGCCUGGAAAAUCGGGUGGCGGUGCUAGAGAACCAAAACAAAGCCCUUAUCGAAGAAUUGAAAUCCCUUAAGGAAUUGUACUGUCAGACGAAGAAUGAGUAAAGCCGUAAACCUGAUUAAGAAAAUUAUUUAAAUUUAGUUGUAAAAAAGAAAGUAAAACAUAAAUAAUAUUAAACAGACAAAGAAAUAUAUAUAAAUUUAUAUAUUUGCAAAAAAAAAGAACGUAAUAAAGUGUAUUUAGUUUUGUUCAAUAUUGUUCGAUUUAUUUCAUUAUUAUAUAUUUACAUAUUGAUUAAAAUAAUUUUAUUUUAUACGAUUAUGUACAUUUUCUCUAUUAUGAAGCUUAUAAAAUAUUGUGUAAUUAUAUUUUUUACCAAGAACGAAAUCUAUUUUUAAGUUUUUUGAAAAAAACAAACAAAAAACAAGUGUUUUAAGUCAGAAAAUCAGCAAAUUAGAGUUGUUUUUAGGAUGGAUUCCAAUACCAACGAGUAUGCUAUAAUAUUUGCAUUUUCGAAAGUUUCUUCUUAUUUUAAAAUUGUUUUAAAGUUAUUUCGAUUAAUAAAUUUAGUUGAAAAUAUUACAAA